AUGGGAAAGGCCAAGGAGCCCAUCAUGGUGGACGACUCUGACAACGAGGAUGAUAACGAGGGUGAAGAUGAGGACGACAGCGAAGAUUUUACUGAUGAAUUAGACAUAGAGCGGGACCCAUCCUCGGGAGACAUAACGGGUGUCCGACUUAACAACGCAUACGUGGACGCCAACCGUGACAUCUUUGUACGCCGCUACUCUACGGUACUGGUCCAAGGCGGGGAGGACGAACACAAGUACCUGGGCUACGUCCGCGAUCUGUUCCAGACCGCCAGGGACCUGCAGGUGGAGAUCUGCUGGUUCUACCGUACCUCCGAUCUGUCGACACCGCCGCCCGAGACGGUCGUGUGUAGGGCCCAAUUGAAGGGUCAGCCCCGCGGAGGCGACACGGGCCGGUUCAAGGAGCUGUUCCUGUCGAACCAUCUGGACCAGAUAUCCAUUCGGUCCGUCAUGCACCCGAUCCAGGUCUGGCUGCUUCCCACCAUGUCGUUAGAUCCGGUGACGCUACCGGGCGAGGCGGCAGGGGCAGCGGAGGAGGCGGGCCGUGGAACAGGAGGAGGCGGAGGAGGCACUGCCGCACUGCUGCCGGGCUUUGUCAUCCGCCGGCUGUACAACAUCCAGACAAAGGAGCUCUACCCGCUUGCCGAGGUGCCUUUGCGGCGGAAGAAGCUCGGCGGCUGGCUGGUUGACGAUGUAGGUGGCGACACACGCAACGUAGGUCGCGGAGCUGCUCCGUCGGAACGAGGUGGAGCGGUCGGAGUUCAUGACCGAGUGGCUGGAGAAGUGCCGUAG